CUGCGCCAGGGCAGGAGGAUUUGCGCGAGAGCUUUUCAGUGGCUGGGCCUACGACCCAAGAGCGGUCGGGGUAGGGCCGUCAACAUGCCGCUUUAAUACACCUUAAAACCUGCUUUGUGCUACUUGAGUUCUGGUAGCAUUGUAAUUUAACGGGCCGCACUUCGAAGCGGUCACUUAUUUAAGGAGUAUUUUUUUUUUCAUUUUUUUUUUCAAAGUCCGGGAUUGACGUGAAACCCGAUCUUAGGGUGUCUCAGUUUCACGAUGUCCGAUACUGGGUUUAGUACGCAGAAUGGUUCUGAAGGCGGGGAGCAUUACACGAACGGUCCCAUGCAAAAUCCCGUAAUAAAUCAACUUCCAAGUCAGGGGUUAAAUGUUUCCCAAGGGUCAUAUCCACAGAUGAUUUCAACAAAGGCACCCCACCAAUCGGCACCUGCACAGUACGACUAUGUUCAUCCACAGAAUCCUCCUACUGUGAAUAUGUAUCAAAGACCUAUACAGACGAACAUUGCCAGACCUCCUUUGGACCCUUUUAAACAAGUGCUUGCCCAUCAGGAUAGUUCUGUGUCAAGACUGCCUCCCCAGCCUCCAAGUGUAACUGCUCCAGCAAUGCCCUCAAAUAAUUUAUAUGCUAGCUCACAAAUCUUGCCACCAUCAAACUGGCACUAUGGCAACAGUUCUUCAAGUAGUCAGCUGUCAAAUUUUCAAGGUAAUCAUGUCACAUCAUGGUCUGGCCCUGCACUAACGCCACCCAUUGGGAUGGGAUAUACAAAGACAUCAGCGCAACAAAACAGCAUUCCAGGAAAUCGUACAACCCAGAGUAACUAUGUACCACCAGCUCCAAAUGCAGUGAAUCCUCCGGUGAUGCAGGCUUAUCAACCUACUAGACCUCCUGUUGGGCCCCCACCUAUGGGAAUAGGUGCUUCUCCAUUCCAAGGACCAGCUACAUCUCCUGCUGGCCCACCGAGUAGUGUAGAUCACCCCAUCAAACAAGGAAGGGAACAUAUGCCACUGCCGGUUGAUGGCACCAAGGUUCCUAAUAGCUUUGAUACAUUAGAAAGUGGUGGCAGAAACUUUGCAGCUCCUCCUCCUCCUCCCCCCACUGUGGCAGGCAGGACUGCCACUCAGUCAUAUCCAUCAUUACCUCCCAACUAUCAGAAUGUGGGUCCAGCAUCCAGUGCUUCAGGAAUGCCUCCUCAUAUACAGCCAUACCCGGUAGGAACACAGCCAUUUCAACAGACCUUGGUCAGCCCAGCACAGUUGUCAUCCUCUUUAGGCAAUAUGAGCCUAAACCAGGCAGAACAGCCAGAGGCAUUGAAACCUAUCAAUCUUCUUCAGGAGAGAAACAUCCUUCCACGUGGCCUUGUAACUCCACCAGUUCCCUGCCUUCCACAUGCGCUACAGAAAUUCAAUUGCAGCCCUGAAGUCUUCCGGUGCACGUUAACAAACAUCCCUCAAACACAAUCCUUGCUGAACAAAGCAAAACUUCCUUUGGGUUUAGUCCUCCACCCUUUUAAAGAUUUAUCACAGUUGCCAGUCGUCACGUCAAGUACUAUUGUCCGAUGUCGUUCUUGCAGAACCUACAUUAAUCCUUUUGUCACAUUUCUUGAUCAGAGAAGAUGGAAAUGCAACCUUUGCUACAGAGUCAAUGAUGUUCCAGAAGAGUUUAUGUAUAACCCCGUAUCCAGGUCAUAUGGAGAGCCACAUAAAAGGCCAGAAGUGCAAAACUCCACAAUCGAGUUCAUUGCCCCAUCAGAAUAUAUGUUGCGUCCUCCACAACCUGCAGUAUACCUGUUUGUGCUGGAUGUUUCCCACAGUGCCAUUGAAACUGGAUAUUUAGACACAGUCUGUCGAUUACUCUUGGAUAAUCUUAACCUUUUGCCAGGAGACAUGAGGACAAAAAUUGGAUUUAUUACCUUUGAUAGCACAAUACAUUUCUAUAAUCUUCAAGAAGGAUUAUCUCAGCCUCAGAUGCUUGUUGUCUCCGACAUUGAAGAUGUCUUUAUACCAGCACCAGAUAGUUUAUUAGUUAAUCUUAAUGAAUCUAAGGAGCUGAUUCAGGAUUUAUUAAAAAGUUUGCCCCAGAUGUUUACUAAAACCUUGGAAACGCAGUCAGCCUUGGGACCUGCAUUAACAGCUGCCCAUAAACUUCUCUCACCCACUGGAGGAAGGGUUUCAGUGUUUCAGACACAGAUCCCAUCGAUAGGAUUAGGAGCGCUUAAGUCCAGAGAGGAUCCUAAUCAGCGGGCUGCUGCAAAGGAUGUUCAGCACCUUACCCCAGCCACAGACUUUUACAAGAAAUUGGCUCUGGACUGUUCAGGUCAACAGAUUGCUGUGGAUCUUUUUGUGCUUAGUGGACAAUACUGUGAUUUGGCUUCUUUAGCUUGUAUAUCUAGGUAUUCCUCUGGUUCAGUUUAUUACUAUCCAUCCUAUCACCAUCAGCAUAAUGCUGGCCAAGUGGAACGAUUUGAGAAGGAUGUCAAAAGAUAUCUAACACGAAAGAUUGGCUUUGAGGCUGUCAUGAGAAUUCGCUGUACCAAAGGUCUUUCAAUACAUACCUUUCAUGGAAAUUUCUUUGUUCGUUCAACGGAUUUGCUGUCCUUACCUAAUGUGAACCCUGAUGCUGGAUUUGCAGUUCAGAUGUCAAUUGAAGACAAUCUGGUUGACAUGCAAGUGGUUUCCUUUCAGGCUGCACUUCUGUAUACAUCAAGCAAAGGAGAAAGGCGUAUUCGAGUCCACACUAUGUGCCUACCAGUUGUGAAUUCUUUAGCAGAUAUUUUUGCUGGGGCUGAUGUUCAAGCUAUAACAGGUCUUCUGGCUAGUAUGGCUGUUGAUCGCUCUGUUUCAUCCAGUCUUAGCGACGCCAGGGAUGCUCUUGUGAAUGCUGUUAUUGAUUCUCUUUCGGCCUAUCGCACCUCUGUGCUUAGUUUGCAGCAGCCAGGCCUUCUUGCUCCAGCCUGUAUGCGUCUUUUCCCGUUGUAUGUACUGGCACUUUUGAAGCAGAAAGCCUUCCGAACAGGAACAAGCACCCGUCUGGAUGAUCGUGUAUUUGCUAUGUGUCAGUUAAAAUACCAACCCUUGGUGUAUUUCAUGCUAAUGAUUCAUCCUGCCUUGUACAGAGUAGAUAAUCUUACAGAUGAGGGCUCCAUAAAUGUUAAUGACAAAGUAAUUCCACAGCCCCCAAUUCUGCAGCUUUCUGUGGAGAAGUUGAGCAGAGAUGGAGCAUUUUUGAUGGAUGCUGGCUCUGUUAUGUUUCUUUGGGUUGGAGGAAGUUGUGCACCUAACUUUAUUAAUCAGGUUUUGGGAGUAUCGGACUAUACAGCAAUACCACAAAAUAUGACCCAGCUCCCUGAGCUAGACACGGCCGAAUCUGUUAAAUUAAGGUCUUUUGUAUCUUGGUUAAGAGAGCAAAGACCUUUCUUUCCUGUACUACAUGUAAUCAGGAAUGAAAGCCCACUAAAGACCAAUUUUAUGCAGAACAUGAUUGAAGACCGAACUGAAUCAGCCUUCUCUUAUUAUGAGUUUCUUCUGCAUUUGCAGCAGCAAGUGAGCAAAUAAAAUAGAAGUUUUCUUUUUGAAAUUUACUUCUUAAAGAAAUGAAGCAUCAUGAAUGCCACCAUUCAGCAACAGUGCCUGUCUUCAGAUAAAGACUUAAAACAAAAUUUAUUGUCUUUUUUUUUUUUUUUUUUUGAACAAAUUAGAAAUUCAUCAUUAAUUCUCUUUCUUUUCCACCCUCUAACUAAUAGUUAAAAUAACAUACAGUUAGUUUGAAAUUAAGGUCAGGAUGUCUGUGUUUUAUAUCAAUUCAAACAUUUUUAGCAUAUUUAAAAGAAUAAAUGCAAUGUUUAAAUAGCCACUUUUUAAAUGAAAAUGAUUCUAGUUUAAUUAUGCAAGGCUGUUUCAGUAAAAUGCAUUUGUGUUUGUGUUGUGUCUUUUAACUCAAACCUGUUUUCCCCGCAAUGAAUUUGGAAAAGCAAAUUUGUUUUAUAUUUAACUUUCUCUUUUUUUUCUUUCUUUUUUUUUUGUGUGUGAGCAAUAAGUAUCUCGACUGCUAAGAAAACUGAAUGCGUUUAAACCUCACACUUGUAUAUUAUGUUAAAUUCUGUAUGAUGUGUUUGUUUUUCUUUUCAGUAUUCCAAAAUUUUCCAUAAUACAAAUUAAGUUAUGGAUGAGAAAAAGAGUAAAGUAUCAAAGUAUGUAAGAUUAA